GUGCGACUGCGCACAGUCUAGUCCGCGGGGGAAGGGAAUUGCGCAUGCGCGCCUGUCUCCCGGGACACUAAAGUAGGCGAGCCUCGGGCUGCUCCGGUAGGUUUAGCGUGCGCGGGUUUCUGCAGAUCUGGGGCAAGCUUGCACGUUGCACCACCUAUGCACCUCUCCUUGCUUGCUUAAGUUGCCACCACUUAGGUCUUUCUUGCAGAAAUCGCCAUAUACUCUUUAAGGGCCGCGGAAUCGGGGCGACCUUGGUGACUGAUUGGCAAACUCUCGGCAGAUGUGCAUGCACUGGUUGGAUGCAGACGUGGUUGUAGAUUUAGUUUUUCCAGCUUUGCAGCGACUGUUGGCCCUGUUACCUUCCCAGAACGGAUCUCCCUAGUCUCGACUGGAAGCUGAGAGACAAAAUCUCAGAAAAGCAAUUACUCUUUCCUCACCAGGCUUCUAGAAAAGCAAGAAUAGCGAUAUGAUUACACCUACCGCCCUAUAGAGAUUGAUCUGUCUUUACGUCACAGUCGUGGCCUGUUAACGCUCCUGUGUUGUUCAGUGCCAGAAUGAGUGACCGCUAUUUAGAACAAAGGAUUAGUAUCAAAUUUUGCGUGAAAUUGAAUAAGUCUGCAAGUGAGACCCACCAUCUUUUAAAAGAAGCUUAUGGAGAUGAAGUCAUGUCAAGGGCCAGAGUUUUUGACUGGCACAAAAGGUUUAAAGAAGGACGGGAAGAUGUUCGAGAUGACGCCCGAAGUGGGCGUCCAGUCACCCACAGGACAGAUGAAAAUAUCCAGAAGGUCAAGGACUUGGUUUGUUCAAACAGGCAGUUAACUGUGAGGAUGAUGGCUGAAGAGUUAAAUUUAGACAAAGAAACUGUUAGGCUCAUUUUGAAAGAAAACUUGAACAUGAAGAAGAUUUCUGCGAAAGUUAUUUCAAGUGUUUUGAAGGGUGAACCUACACCACGAAAACUUGACUUUCAGUCUGAUCUUUCAAAGGAAACUAGGAAAAAUAGCUCAUGUAUGAGGAAAAAGGUAACAGGUUCUCAAACAUGGAGUCAUCUCCAGGGUGAAGCUGGUGGGGAAAUGCCCCUGCCGGUAUCCCAUCCCAGAGUCCACUACCCUGCCAGCCAGCUUCUUCAGGCCUCAUCUUCAACAAGCCUUCCCCCCAGGGUAGCUGAGAAUUGGUUCACCCCAUGGUGAGAGCAAGUGUGGAUUUCUUCUCUGCCCAGACCUUAGCUUAUUGUGGCAGUCCUGUUCCUUUGUUCUCAACAUUCUGCCUCAGAGGAUCAUGCCAUUGAGAAGUGAGGAACAGAAUCUCCUGGAAUGAGUAUCUCUGUGCCCAGGGAGACAUGCUGUUCUGGGAGGACCCCAAAAGAAGGCUUACAGUUUCAUCCUGCUUCACAGUCAGGGCCUGAGGUAUGGUAUAGAAGGCAGUGGGAUGCUGGUACUACUGAGCAGUGCUGGCCCGAGGGGCUGAUCUGGCCCAGAUGACUCAGUGGGAGCACCUUAGGAAUCAGGGGUUGGCCACCAAUACUGAUCUUCUCACAUGCCUACACCUCACAGAAGAGCUGGGUUUGCUUCAUUCUAGUCCUGUGCUUUAGACCCCCAUUCAUUUGGGUAUCUCCUCUGCUGGAAGAGGAGGAUAGAAAAUAUAAACCUGGGGACCCAGGCCUAAGCUGUGAUGUGUGGGGAGGAAGACUAGGUGGUUCUGUAGACCCUGAAUUAAGGGAGCCUGCUGCCUGUGUGUGGAUUCCCAUACCGCAGCCUGUUGUUAGUAACUAAUGCCUAUAGUUUUGAGAACUUGCUGUUUUUAGAACACUGCUGGACAUUGACAAUGUGGAAGUUAUAAACAAGAUCUCCAAGGGCUGAUGGGCUUCAUGGAUGAGAUGGUUCUUGAACUGGAUCCGUGAGGAUGGGUAUAAGAGGGGACUGUGAAAUUAGGGAAAGCAGGUGGAACAGCAUGAGGCAUCGAACCUGCAUCAGUAGGAAAUGAUGACACAGUUGGCUACAAUAGCAAAGUUUAAAGAGGAAGAUAAUGUUGCAGUGGAUGAACAAUUUGGGAUAAUUUGCUUCCUCUCCUAUGCCUCCAACUCUAUGCCAGUUGAUAAAUUGCUUCUCCUGAGUCUGUGAAUUGGUUUGUAACAACCAAUUUGAUAACUGAUUUUUCAGUCGGAACCCCCAACAAGCAGAUUCUGCAAGUUCAAACUCAUUCGUUUCUUAUCUUCCUGCCUCUUCCAGGAUUUAUGGAAUGGAACUUUUCUCAAGUGGGUUCCAAGUAAUACCACAUAGACUAGAAACAUUCAGGGGGCAGGGGUUUGGUAACAGAAUUUCACAGAAUUGGCCAGUGUCUUUGUUUUACUCAAGAAUUUUUACGUAUACUAGCUCCUCUUAAACAAUAUUGCUUAAGAGUAGAGGCGCAACACUUACUCUUCACAGUUACUUUUAGUUCUGUUCUUUCACUUUCUCUACUCACCUGCAAAAAUUACAAGUUCCUCAUUAACACCUGUUCUUGUUGUGGUUGUUGUUGUUGUUUUGUUUUUUGAGAUGGAAUCUUGCUCUGC